UUCAGAUAUGUCCGCUACCGGCGAAAUCGCUGGAUACACUGACUCGUAUGUGGGGUAUCUGUGCAAGAACUACUCAUCUCCUGCCUUCACUGGCGGCUUCUUCCAAAACCCGCCCAACUCGUGCUAUCGCAACACCAAGCUGAAAGCGCUCGCAGCCUGCCUCGUCCUGCGAGAGUACCUCGUCACCCAUCCCACCCGCUGCAAGCGGCCCGGCGACCCUCAAUGCAGCCUUUGUGCAUUCGCUGACCUGCUGCUGCGUGCGGCUCGCGAGCCCAACGGAUCUCGCCACGUGCCCGCCUUCUUCAAGGACACCACCAACAUACAUGCCAGCCUCGCCAUCGGCGCACAGCAAGACGUCCAAGAGGCGCUGCAGGCCCUGCUGAAUCGCUUCUGCGAUGAUCUCAGCUACGGCCACCCUGCGCUCCCAUCACCGCGGACGCACAUCCAUCAGAUAGUGGGGUGUGUCGAGCGGACGGAGUACGUGUGCUCACGGUGCGGCAACCCCGAGCAGCCAGUGCAAAGGGAGGAGCACUUCUUCACCAUCAACCUCACCCCACCUGUGCUCAACGGCAGCAGCCAUGGGGCGGCCGAGUGCCUCGAGCACUAUCGGCGUGAGGAGGACGUCGUCUGGACGUGCAGCCCAGAGCGUUGCCCCACGAGUGAGCACACACGCACACACACACGCUUCUGGGUGGGCUAUUCUGAUCACGUGUGGUGGCCCUGUCUGCUGUCAUGAGUGCAGCUGACCCUCCACUCAAGACCACGGCGCGUUGUCGUGUGAGCCUUGCCUUCCGCCCUGUCGCCAUCCUAAGCAAUGUCGGGCGCUAUGCGGAGCUGGCCCUCGAGCCCAACCCCCGCAAGGACACCAGCCCCUUCAUUUUUCCGCCCACCCUCCAGCUGCCCAUCAACUUCGCAGGGACCACCGCAACCUACCAUCGACGCUGUUGGGCCAACCCACCUCCGGGAGCCGUCAUGUCGUACGCCAGUAGACGGAACCCUGACUGAGAUGAAACGCUUCUCGCCGUGUCACGGACGAUGAUCUGCACAUCAGG